AAUGAAUUAUACAUAGAAAAACUGGGAUUAUUUUACUGGCUGCUUUAAUCUCUGCUCCCCCCCCCCCUUCCAAAAAAAAAAGGUCGGCGCUUGUCCCACGCUCGUGUCGCAUUCACGGAAAAGCCGAGCAGCUUAGCGCUACAAUCAAUGAACCCUCAGUCCACCAGAACCUGCUUGCGGACCAGCGCUUCGGAGUUGUGCUGAAGACUGCAUUCUCCGGAUCCUGCCCGAGAGUUACGCCGGGUGCUCCGUUACUUGCCUUCAGCAGGUGGACUGAUCUUCAGACUUGUGAAGGCCCUGUCACUUCCUGACUCCACUGAAGACUUCACUACCCAGCAUGCCUCACUCCCUCCAGCAGAAGAAAGUGUCUGGAACAGAUUCAUUGGAUUUACAUGAUUUCCUACUGGAAAAAUUGCCUCAGGUUUCCUAUGCUUUGGUUUUCGUCAGUUCCACCGUAUGUUUGAUAUAUUUGGAGAUACGUGCUAUUAAGUGGACAUCACAUAGUGCAUGUAUGGAUUUGUGCAUCUACACGUUUUUUUUUUUUAAAAAAACAAUUCUUAACCGCAAACAGGGAAAUGUAGUACUUAAAUCUAGUAUUUAAUUUUUAUUAUUCAUUUUUAUUUAGUAUUUGAUGCAGUAUUCUCCAUACUUUCAUUUAUUUGUGGCAGUUUAAUGACAACCAAUUCAAAUAUUGAAAUAUACAUUUUAAAAUUUUACCCUCUCAUGCUGCACAAAAAAAUGCAUAAAUAAAAAUUGCGACCUAACUUCCCCCCGUGAACCUCGCCAACCAGGGCGAGUUGACUCCGCUGCUCUGGUUCCACCCUCUGAAAGCCAGCUAUGAUUCACCGGCUUGCAGGAGAAACGAUGGCAUGAUUUUUUUGGGCAGAAUGUACUCCAUAAAGUCACCAAAAUAUUACAACAGCUCCAUACUGCAAACUACAAGCAUAAUAAUAAACAACAAUAUAAAAUUGAGCAUUAUUAUCAUUGUAAAGGCAAAAUUUCCAUUAGAUUGUGCAAGUGUGCCCGAAAAAGCUCAUCAUAAGCUCAAUAAAUCACAAUUUGUAUGACUUUUAGAGGAGAAAUGUAACAUAUCCACAAGCAAAUAAGUAUUUGGGAAUUGAAACUAACAUGUUGUCCUGUUUGUGGCUCCUCAGCCCAGCAAAUGUUGCUGCUGUGCCAGGGAGCCGACGGGACGAGAAAGGAGGGGGAAUCCCUGCUUUGGAAUCACCACAAGCAAAGUUUCCACAAAGUCUGCAAGAUGUCUUGCGCAGCAGACAGCUGCAUACAGUUCACACGCCACGCCAGCGACGUUCUGCUCAACCUGAACCGCUUGCGUAGUCGGGAUAUUCUCACCGAUGUCACCAUCCUGGUCAACAGGCAGCAGUUCCGUGCUCACAAGACGGUUCUCAUGGCUUGCAGUGGGCUGUUUUACACCAUCUUCACCGACUCCCACAAGUGCAACCUUAACGCGAUCAGCCUGGACCCGAAGGUGGACCCGGAGGGCUUCGCCAUCCUGCUGGAGUUCAUGUACACGUCCCGUCUGACGCUCAAGGAGAGUCUGAUCAUGGCCAUUAUGAACACUGCCAUCUACCUGCAGAUGGACCAUGUGGUGGACACCUGUCAUAGAUUCAUCAAAUCCAGUGAUCCGACUGCCAAGCUUCCCAGAGAUGAGUUCCUGGUCAGUCCUCUAGUUUUGUCUCAGGACAUCCACGCGUAUCGCCCUCAUGAUGUGGUUGAUACUUUGCACAGCCGCAUGGCUCCGUUCAGGGAUGCGCGACCUUAUAGCGCCACAGUGCUCAACGGAGUCAGCACGCCCAGCAACUACCAUCUCUAUGGGCAGUUCCCCAUGCCAGGAUUCCCUUUCCCUCUCUGUAAGCUGACGGAUGCCAAAAACACAUUUGCCGACCUCUCACGGAACGGGAUUCACCACAAGCACCCUCUCGACGGCGCCGCCGUCAGCAGGGCUGAGUACGCCAGAGCGGUCGGCUCCUCCACGUCCUCCGGCAUUCUUCAUGCCGCCAACUUCGCUCCCAGGGAGGUGGGGCGAGAUGAAGAUGUGAGGAAGGAAAGCCACGAGGGGAUCAAUCUUCCUGUUGGCCUCAGUGCGAGGAAGCGUGUCUUCCCCGUGUUGACCCUGGAGCACCACAAAGACAAAGACCACACUCCGCCGGCUGAGGGGGAGCUGAUCCAUCACCACUACCCACUGGGAAUCUCCGCUGCCGGACGCAAGAGCCUCAUGAGCAGCCCGCAAAGCCCACUCAAAUCGGACUGCCAGCCCAAUUCCCCGACAGAGUCCAGCAGCAGCAAGAAUGCCGGCCUCUCGCAGGCGGCCUCGGGCGCGCAGGCUCCGCCGGGUACUCAGGACCCCAAAGCUCGAAACUGGAAGAAGUACAAGUUCAUCGUGCUGAACCAGAGUGCAAAGGAGGAGGAGGCCAGCCUGCGGGACCCUGGGUUGUGCUCACCUCAGCGCCUCGGUCUGCAGUCGUACCUGCAUCCCGGGGACUCCGAAAACCUUGAGUCACAAACCACAAGGAAGAGUAUGGAGGAUCAUCCUGUGCCGCAGACCAGCCGGCUUAACAACAUCAUAAGCAGUGCAUUGGAGGGGUCACUGAGAAAUGUCGAGGGUCACCCGUCACGCUACCUGAACCGCCUCAACUGCUCAUCGUGCGGCUCCCAGUCUCCGCAGCACUCCGAAGUCUGCCCAUCCAGGUCGCGACUGGCGGAGGACAUCGCCGAACUUCACUCGGAGUACUCCGACUCCAGCUGUGAAAAUGGCACCUUCUUCUGCAACGAAUGCGACUCAAAGUUCGCCGAAGAGGAAGCGCUCAAGCAGCACACGCUCCAAGUCCACAGCGACAAGCCGUACAAGUGCGACCGCUGCCAGGCCGCCUUCCGCUACAAGGGGAACCUCGCCAGCCACAAGACUGUCCACACCGGAGAGAAGCCGUAUCGCUGCAACAUCUGUGGUGCUCAGUUCAACAGACCUGCCAACCUCAAGACUCACACUCGCAUCCACUCAGGAGAGAAGCCAUACAAAUGCGAGACCUGCGGGGCUCGUUUCGUACAGGUUGCCCAUCUCCGCGCCCACGUCCUCAUCCACACGGGCGAGAAGCCAUACCCUUGCGAGAUCUGCGGGACACGCUUCCGUCACCUGCAGACGCUCAAGAGCCACCUGCGCAUCCACACGGGCGAGAAGCCCUACCAUUGUGAGAAAUGCAACUUGCACUUCCGCCACAAGAGUCAGCUACGACUGCACCUGCGGCAGAAGCACGGCGCCAUCACCAACACCAAGAUCCAGUACCGCGUGUCCGCCGCCGAUAUGCCCACCGACCUAACCAAGGCCUGUUGAGCCCGCCCUCGGGAGAGGCAUCGCUGUGAGGACAGAGGUCAUCUUGACCCGCCUCCCUUUGACGUGUACAAUCAUCCAAAAUGUUAGUGCCACACUGUGUUCAUUGGACAAAUCAAAUUGGCCCUUACGCCACACUUGUAAAACAAAUGAAAAACGGGUUUCCACUACAUGUGAACAGAGCCGCAGCCGGCGUCUUAGUCACUUUAUGGUUUCUAUAUGGAUAGAUCUAUAUAAGUAUGUAUGUACGUGUUUCUAAGCUUUGAAGGUACGCAUAUAAAGCUUUAUUUUGUCGAAGGACGGAAUGUAAAAAAAUUGUGAUUUUUAAGGAGAAAAAAAAAAACAGUAUUUUAUAUCACAGAACUUACUUUUCUGAGAAUAUUGACUGACAGGUGGUACGUAUAUUUUAAAAAUAACACGUGUACAGAGUCGUCUAUACGUUUUUAAGUGGAAAAAUGAGAAGAGGAAUUGGGUUUUGUCCGUAAAAAAAUAAUUUAAAAAAACAUAUCAGAGAAGCGCUGCUGUCUGACUGCUUAUGCAUGAGCUGCUCCCUUGAGGGCGCCUGUACUAUAAACAUUGUGAUAUACUAUUGUGUAUUUAUACAUAUCUGUGGGAUUGUCCUCUGCUGGCAGAGCCAAUCGUGGAUGUUGAAUUGCAUUUCGAGGUUUGUUAUGACUGAGAAAAUAUUUUGCUUCUAAUGUAUUUGUAUAGAUGUGUUUUUUGUUGUUUUUCUUUUUUGGACGUUUUACAGUUCUGGUCAUUGUUAUCUAUCCUGGCGUACAGUUGUGUAAUUGUUGCUUUGUACAUACACUGUGGAUUCAAUGUGCCUUUUCUCCAUGGCGACAGAAUUCCUCUUCAGCUCUGUUAAGGUACAACACCCUCCCUUCCGUGUGUAUGAAUGUGUGUGUGUGUGUGUAUUUUUUUCAAUGCCCGUCACCAACCUGAAAAACAUGCAAAAUACUUCACUGUAAAUCUUCAGGACUUGUUUUUGGAUUGGCUUUUCUAACUGAAUUGAGACUAUUGUACAAUGUCCUUGAUGUAUGAAUGUAAAAUAAAGGUAAUGGAUUUCUAUGUAUCAACAUGAGCGGGAACGUCUUUAUUUGUGCAUCGAAUGCACAUGCCAAACGGAAUCAAUGCUCUUGGCUGCACACAGGAGGUGAAAAGGAAGUUAGGUAAGGCACAGAAACCUCAGUCGGUGAAGCGGUGCUCUCUUGUCAGGCAAUUUCAGUAUUUUCCCCAGUCAGUAAGCACAUUCAAUGAUUUGUGGCAGCCCGCAACAAAUAGACGUGUUGACAUUAAAGUGAUCCCUUGCCACUUUGCGCUUUAAAUUUUGCAGCUUCGCUUUGUUUUUUCAAAAAUAUAUGAAUAAAUAUAUGAAUAAAUCAUGCUGCUUAGUG